UUAUUCCUUGCUCAUUCUUCACUAAGAUGCAAAGCCACAUUUUUAUUAGUGUAUUUUGAAUUUGAUUUAUUGUUGUUGUGUUUUUUUAAUGCUCUUUAGAAUGGAGUGAGGGGAUUGAUGUUGGAUGCUCUUUAGAAUGGAGUAAGGGGAUUGAUGUUGGAUAUGUAUGAUUUCGAGGAUGACAUCUGGCUCUGCCACUCGUUUCGUGGCCAGUGUUACAACUUCACCGCUUUUGUGACUCUACUAAUCAUACUCUCUGUGUUCAUGAUUUGACUGGUUUAAUUUGGUUGUUGAUUAUGUAUAUCUUGUGAUAAGAUUAUAUGCAUUUCUCUUAGGAGCCUGCAAUUGUCACAUUAAAGGAAGUGGAAGCAUUCUCGAAUGCAAACCCAACCGAUAUUGUUACCAUCAUAAUUGAGGACUAUGUUCAUGCCCCCAAAGGCUUGACAAAGUGAUUUGCCAAUGCUAGCUUGGACAAAUAUUGUUUUCCUCUUUCUAAGAUGCCCAAGAUUGGCUGGGGCUGGCCGACUAUUACUGACAUGAAAAAAGCAAAUUACCGGUUUCUAGUUUUCACUUCUGAUCCCUCCUAGGAAGAAACUGAAGGAAUUGCUUGUCAGUGGAAUCACAUGGUGGAAAAUGAACCCAGAGAUCUGGGAGUGGUGCCUGGUUCAUGCCCAAACAAGAAGGAAUAAAAGCCACUCAACUCGAACAGUUCAUCCCUUUUUCUCCAAAGCAGCAGGCAACAUCAUGCCAAAUAUUUUGGCCAUCAAUUUUUACUUGCGUAGUGAUGGAGGAGGUGUAUUUGAUGCUGUGGACAGGAUGAAUGGCCAAACAUUAUGUGGAUGCACUACUGUAACUGCCUGUCAGGCAGGGGCGCGCCUUGUGGAAGUUGCAAGAGUUUUCCUGCAUCUAAUACAACUCUAGCUGCUAUCAGUUCUGCUGCAAGUUUCCUUAAGCCUGUGCGGUCAACAGGAACUGCUGCAACUAUCCAGUUUUCCAGUGUUAUGGCAACGUUCUUGUAUGCUAUGGCCAUCAUGUUUUUGCUAUUUUUAAAACUGGACAUGUUUCAACAGAAUAUUUGCAAGAACUGAAAAGUCACCUAACAAGGACUAGAACAGAACUGCUCAGAGGAACCCAAAGAAAAUCAGCAAACCCAAAAAUCCUGUUAGACCUCAAAAUGUAUUCAUUUUAGGCUUUUCCCACUCAAUGUUCUUGUUUUGGGUCACAAGGGUUUGCUGAAGUAUUUUUCUACUUAAUUUGUUUAAAUGCUGCAAUUAAUAGAAUAAUAGUAAUAAAUAGAUGAGUUUGCAUUCUC